AGAAUAAUUUAAAAAGAAAUAAAAAGAAGUUAGGUUAUUUAGGUUAUGUUAUUGUUAUUUUAAAUAUUUAUUUAAAUAAGUGCGUUUAUAAUGUUUACCCGUAACUGGAAGCAUCUUUGUCGCCGCUAUUCUCAGGCAGUCACAUUCAGAACAAGUGAAAUCUAUCCUGCUCAACACAAUGAAAAUCAAAUAGGCUUCUUCUAUACUAUAAAGCCAGACCUGUGCAAGCAGUUGUUCAAUCAUGGUGGCUUACCAAAGAGUUUCAUGAAGCAGACAAAGACAUUCACUGAAACAGCCAUAAUGGUGCGGCAGCCUGCUUUGGAUGUAAUGGAUUGCAUCAGAGCCUCAGAUAUGAACAAGCCAGUUAUAAGAUAUGUACUCUAUGGUGAAAAAGGUUCAGGUAAAUCAUUGACAUUGGCCCACCUCCUACACUAUGCACUUGAAGAAGGCUACCUUAUUCUUCAUGUUCCAUGGGUGUCAGAAUGGUUACGAAGAACUCCUCGUCAUAAAGAAAUGACCAAUUCUCAGACAAAAGAAGGCUUUGUCGAUCUUCCCCUGGACGCCGCCGAGUGGCUGUUGCAUUUCAAGACUCAGAAUCAGGCAUUGCUGAAAAACUGUGAGUUUAAAAUCUCUAAAGAUUAUGAAUGGAGCAAGCGAGAGAAGACCGAAGCUGGUUCCCCCAUAGCGGCACUCGUAGAGCACGGCAUAAACAGAGUCAAAUACGCUUGUGACGUCAUCGAUGCACUCCUCCUAGAGAUCAAAAUACUUUCUAACAGUAAACAAUGCAAAACAUUCGUCGCUAUUGACGGCUUCAACAGUUUCUACUACCCAAUGACGCGACUGAACACGCCCACCAAGAAGAAAAUUAAGCCCGAAGAGGUGACACUGACCAAUUCGUUUCUGGAGCUCACUAAGAAUGAUUGGAACAAUGGAGUUGUAGUAUUAACAAUAGAUCAACUGGCUGUGCCAGACGAAAACCAGGAGAGUUUCCUACCCAGAUACUUGUUAUACAAAAAGGGCUUUGAACAUCUAGACCCCUUUGUGCCUAUCGAAGUAGGAAGAUACACAGAUAAAGAAUUCUUAUCUUGUGCGAAUUACUACAGAGAUCGUUUAUGGCUCAGAGGACCUUCUGAUCUGGAAACCGAAUUAAAAUUCACAAGUGCUAGUAAUCCUUAUAACUUUAUGUUACAAUGUGCUCCUUUGUAAUUUAAUGUAGAUUAAAUAAAUUGUAGCCAUAAUAAUACUUA